AGAGGUGAAGCUGCUGUUUAAAACCUUGGAGCCAAGAGAGGGGCCCCCCACAUUCCCAGGGAGCUCUCCGAGAGGGAUCUGGAGAAAGGCAGGGAGCAUAGGAGCGCAGGGUGAGGUGACCUCUCUGAGGACCUGCGCUGGCCCAUGAUGACAGCACUUUUACUGCUGUGCUUUGCCUUGCCUGGCCUCCUGGGUGCCCAACAAACCUGCUCCCGAGGGGCAUGUUAUCCACCUGUUGGAGACUUGCUCAUCGGAAGGACUCAGCUUCUUCAAGCCUCGUCUACCUGUGGACUGACCAAGCCAGAGACCUAUUGCACCCAGUAUGGAGAGUGGCAGAUGAAAUGCUGCAAGUGUGACUCCAGGCUGCCUCACAACUACAACAGUCACCGAGUGGAGAAUGUUGCGUCCUCUUCAGGCCCCAUGCGCUGGUGGCAGUCACAGAAUGAUGUGAACCCUGUCUCUCUGCAGCUGGACCUGGACAAGAGAAUGCAGCUUCAGGAUAUCAUGAUGGAUUUUAAGAGUCCCAUGCCAGCUGGCAUGUUGAUCGAGCGCUCCUCUGACUUUGGCAAGACCUGGAGAGUGUACCAGUACCUAGCUACAGAUUGCGCCAGCACCUUUCCCCAGGUCCACCAGGGCCAGCCCAAGACCUGGCAGGAUGUCCGGUGCCAGCCCCUGCCCCAGAGGCCUAAUGGACGUCUAACUGGGGGAAAGGUCCAGCUUAACCUUAUGGAUUUAGCAUCAGGUAUCCCUGCAUCUCAAAGUAGAAAAAUUCAAGAAUUAGGUGACAUCACAAACCUAAGAGUCAACUUCACCAAGCUGGCCCCUGUACCUCAGAGGGGCUCCUAUCCACCCAGCGCCUACUUUGCAGUGUCACAGCUACGUCUACAGGGGAGUUGCUUCUGUCAUGGACAUGCCAACCGCUGUGCCCCCAGUCCUGGAGGCCCUACAGGCCCCACCACUGCUGUGCAGGUCCAGGAUGUCUGCAUCUGCCAGCACAACACGGCUGGCCCCAACUGUGAGCGCUGUGCCCCCUUCUACAACAACCGGCCAUGGAGACCUGCAGAGGGCCAGGAUGCCCAUGAGUGCCAAAGGUGUGAGUGCAACGGACACUCAGAGACCUGCCACUUCGACCCCGCUGUGUUUGCUGCCAGCCAGGGGACACAUGGAGGUGUGUGUGACAACUGCCGGGACCACACCGAGGGCAAGAACUGUGAGCGCUGUCAGCUACACUAUUUCCGGAACAGACGACCUGGCGCUCCCAUUCAUGAGACCUGUAUCCCCUGUGAGUGUGAUCCAGAUGGGGCAGUGCCAGGAGCUCCCUGUGACCCAUUGACUGGCCAAUGUGUGUGCAAAGAGUACGUGCAAGGAGAGCGCUGUGACCUUUGCAAACCUGGCUUUACUGGACUCACCUUCGCCAACCCACAGGGCUGCCACCGCUGUGACUGCAGCGUCCUAGGUGCCCGGCGUGAUAUGCCUUGUGAGGAGGAAAGUGGGCGCUGCUUGUGCCUGCCCAACGUGGUGGGCCCCAAAUGUGACCAGUGUGCCCCUUCCUACUGGAAACUGGCCAGUGGUAGGGGCUGUGAGCCCUGUGCCUGUGACCCACAGAACUCCCUCAGCCCCCAGUGCAACCAGUUUACAGGGCAAUGCCCUUGUCGGGAAGGGUUUGGUGGCCUGACAUGCAAUUCUGCAGCCAUCCGUCAGUGUCCUGACCAGACCCAUGGAGAUGUACCCACGGGGUGCCGAGCCUGUGACUGUGACUUCAGAGGAACCGAGGGUCCCGGCUGUGACAAAGCCUCAGGCCGCUGCCUCUGCCGCCCUGGCUUGACGGGGCCCCGCUGUGACCAGUGCCAGCGAGGCUACUGCGACCGCUACCCAGUAUGUGUGGCCUGCCACUCUUGCUUCCAGACCUAUGACAUGGAUCUCCAGGAGCAGGCUCGGCGCCUUGGUGGUCUCCAUAAUGCCACUGAAGGCCUGAGGUCAGGGACAGGUCUAGAAGACCAUGGCCUGGCCUCUCGUUUGCUAGAUGCCAAGAGCAAGAUGGAGCAGAUCAGACAGAUCCUGGGGGGCACCUCUGUCACAGAGCAGGAUGUGGCUCAGGUGGCAAAUGCCAUCUUGUCUAUCAGGCGGACUCUUCAGGGCCUGCCGCUGGACCUACCCUUAGAGGAGGAGAUGCAGUCCUUCCCUGGUGACCUAGGGAAUCUGGACAGAAGUUUCAAUCGCCUCCUCCUCAUAUACCAGAGCAAGAAGGAGCAAUUUGAGAAGUUGGGCAGUGCAGACCCUUCAGGAGCCUUCCGCAUGCUGACCACGGCUUAUGAGCAGUCCUCCCAGGCUGCACAGCAGGUGUCCGACAGUUCCAGCCUGCUGAGCCAGCUCAGGGACAGUCUCAGAGGGGUAGAAGGGAUGGAGAGUCAGGCUGGGGGAGGAGGAGCUGGAGGAACCCAGCUCAUGGCCCUGCGCCUGGAGAUGGCUUCGCUGCCUGACUUGACACCCACCAUCAACAAGCUCUGUGGUAGCUCUAGGCAGACAGCCUGCACCGCGGGAGCAUGCCCUGGAGAGCUGUGUCCCCAUGCCAAUGGCACAGCCUGUGGUUCUCACUGCUUGGGAGCCCUGCCCAGAGCCAGAGGGGCCUUCCACAUGGCGGGGCAGGUAGCUGAGCAGCUACGGGGCUUCAACUCCCAGCUCCAGCAGACCAGGCAGAUGAUUAGGGCAGCUGAAGAGGCGGCAUCAAAGGUCCAAUCAGAUGCCCAGCGCCUUGAGACCCAGGUGAGCACCAGCCGCUUGCAGAUGGAAGAAGAUGUCCGGCGCACACGGCUUCUCAUCCAGCAGGUCCGGGGCUUCCUCACAGACCCCCACACAGACGCAUCCACCAUCCAAGAGGUCAGCGAGGCAGUGCUGGCGCUCUGGCUGCCCACAGACUCAGCCACAGUGCUGCGCAAGAUGAAAGAGAUCCAGGCCAUUGCUGCCAGGCUCCCCAAUGUGGACCUGGUGCUGUCCCAGACCAAGCAGGACAUUGCACGGGCCCGCAGACUCCAGGCUGAGGCUGAGAAGGCCAGAAGCCGAGCCCAUGCUGUGGAAGGCCAGGUAGAUGAUGUGGUUGGGAACCUUCGGCAGGGUAUCGUGGCUCUGCAGGAAGCUCAGGACACUAUGCAGGGCACUGGCCGCUCUCUUCGGCUCAUCCAGGAAAGGGUUGCUGAGGUCCAGCAGGUCCUGGUGCCAGCUGAAAGGCUGGUGAGAGGCAUGAAGGAGCAGAUGAGUGGAUUUUGGGCACGGAUGGAGAAGCUCCGCCACCAGUCCCAGGAGGAGCAGGCACAGGCAAUGCAGGCCCAGCAGCUUGCAGAGGGUGCUGCCAAGCAGGCAAUGAGUGCCCAGGAGGGCUUUGGGAGACUCAAGCAAAAGUAUACAGAGUUGAAAGACCGGCUGGGUCAGAGUCCUAUGCUGGGUGAGCAAGGCAGUCGAAUCCUGAGCAUCAAGACAGAGGCAGAGGAGCUGUUUGGAGAGACCAUGGAAAUGAUGGACAAAAUGAAAGACAUGGAGUCAGAGCUGCUUCGUGGGAGUCAGGCCAUCAUGCUGCGCUCGGCAGACCUGUCGGGGCUGGAGAAGCGCGUGGAGCAGAUCCGCAGUUACAUCAAUGGGCGUGUGCUCUACUAUGCCACCUGCAAGUGACCUUAAGCCCCAAUCUCAUACACAUUCCCCUCUCCUUGGAAGCGCACACUGGGGGGGUGGGAGGCAUUUCCUAACCCUAGGACACUUCGAUACCUUUGAUAGUGCCAUCUGGUUACCCGGGUGUGCUGCUGUUUGGUAUCUGAUGGCCAUCGAGACUAUGUUUACAUGACCACGUUCAAUGGUGUGUGUGUCGGGGGGAGCGGGAGAGACCAGCUAUCACAGCUGAAGGUACUCCAGCUCAGGGAGCUGGGCUGUGUAGUGUGCCCCCAUACCUACUCCUGCCCUCCACUGUAGUGGAAUCUGGGAUCGACACAAAAACUAGACAGAGUGAUGUACAAAUACAAAGCCCAAUAAAAAAAAAAAUCUUUGAACAGGAGCCUGGAAACUCAAGAAGAAAAUGAUCUGACUCUGCAUUAAGUAACCUCUGUCACCUUUUCUGCCUCCUGUUGAGGUUCCUGUGGACUCAGUCCUAUGGCUUGCCCUGAUUACUCAGUCUGGCUCAAUUGGCCCCUGGACUCAGGCAGAUUGUGUUCCUCUGUCUCAGGACUGGAGUCCAUCUGUUUCCACUUUCUCAGUGUCCUCGGCUCUACCCAGGCAGCGUAGGAGAGGAGAGACUUUUGUUGGCAGUCCCCAGCCUGUGAUUGCCCAAGGUCUGGGGCUGGUACCAGGAGAGAAGAGACUCUCUAGGUGGCAGUCCCUGGCCUGUGAUUGCCUACAGCUGGGGUUGGUAUAGCAGACCCGGAGGUUCUCAGCUCCCAACCCUGAGAGCCAAGCUUUUGAAGUCAGAGUCCUGUAGAUGCAGACGCUCAAGCUAGUGAUGUAUUUUCUCUCUGUUUUAAUCACUAGCAGCCAGGGCACUGGGCAGCUCUUAAACUCGUUAGCUUUCAUUGCACCCUGUGUCCCUUAAGGCUUGGCAGCUCCUUGGAACUCUUUAGCCACCAGGACCCACAAUUUCUUAUCUUUGGCUCCUGGAAACAUCAUUCAUGUCAGGAGGCUGUUGCCUCGCUCCCCGCUGUUGGCUUCCUGCUGGUGUUUCUGCCAUUUCUUCCUCAUGUUACCACCUCAGGCUUGGAAAGUGGCCUAAACAGUCUGUACAGCUGAAAGGAGCAUGGAAGGAUGCACUGUCAUUACACAGCCCUCCACAUUUGCAUGAUGGACUGUGUCUUGGUCAGUGUUCUACUGCUGUGAAGAGAAGCCAUGACUAAGAUAACUCUAAUAAAGAAAAGCAUUUAAUUGGGGCUUACUUAUAGUUUCCCAGGUUUACCAUUAAUGUCAUGGUGGGUAGCAUGGUGGCAUGUAGAUAGGCAUGGUAGCUAAGAGUUCCACAUCUGGAUCUGAAGGCAGCAGAGAGAGAAAGACACUGGGCCUGGCUGGAACUUUUGAAAUCUCAAAGCCUGCAUCCAGUGACACACUUCCUCCAGCAAGCCAACACCUAUCCCAACAGGGCUGCACCUCCUAGUCCUUCCAAAUAGUGCCUCUUUCCAAGCAUUCAAAUAUAUCAGCCUAUCGGGGGCCAUUCUUAUUCAAACCACCACAGGCUGUGUUUGUAUGAUUCACAGGCCCUUCUGCUGAGCCAAGUGCUCCUUCUCUGGCCCGGGUAAAAAUGGCUUAUAGAGUUCACUGAGGCUUGUGAUGGUAGAACGUUUGUUGUAAGAGGUAAAAGAGUGGUACCUAGAAUAAUGCCUUCUGAAGGAGAGCUGUGCUUCAGCAACAAGCAGCUGUGCUGUAGUGCAGCUUCCUCAAGGCAUCCCUGUGGGUUUAAAGUAGCCAGGAUAUAAUGAGAGCAUCCGUACAGCUGUUAGAGAGGAGCUGCUUCUCCUCUCUAACAUUUAUUAUUUAAGGGAAAAUAAACAUUAAAAGGGUUGCUUAUAUUAAUGGCCUGUUUCUAACAUUAACAUUGUCUUAACAGAAUUUAGUGUUCUGCACUUAGCCAAACAUCCUUGGGGGAGAAUUGGGUCAUUUUACUUGUCCUAGAGGUAGGGCAAAGGCUUAAAACUGCUUGUAAAAUGACUGUGUAUGUUGAUAUGAAGUGUCACAUUUGUGUGCUAGCCAUGGUCCAGGCACUGUGCUGGGCACUUUCCCUCCUGCCUUUUUCUUUCUCAUCUCAUUUCUUCUUUCCCUGUUUCCCUUCUCUUCUCUUUUCCUCCCCCUUCUUUGAGAUGGGGUCUCACUACAUAUGCAACAAACACUGGCCUUGAGCUCACACUCCUGCCUCAGCCUCCUGAGUGCUAGGAUUAUAGGAGCAUCUCACUAUGUAUGCAGCAAACACGGGCCUUGAACUCACACUCCUGCCUCAGCCUUCUGAGUGCUAAGAUUAUAGGUGCAUGCCAUCAGGUUUGGCUUAGAUUAACUUCUUGGUCAUUUUUGAUCAUUUGAGUUGUUUUAAGAAGUGUGACUGGCAUGCCACACACACUGUCCAUGAUGUAAGUGACACUCCAUCAGACAAGUGAGGGAAACAAGGCAGUCACCUGAGGUCUCAGUGUGCACAAUCACCCGAGGUCUCAGUGUGCAGUCACCUGAGGUCUCAGUGUGCAGUCACCUGAGGUCUCAGUGUGCACAGUCACCCGAGGUCUCAGUGUGCACAGUAACCCAUGGUCUCAGUGUGCACAGUCACCCAUGGUCUCAGUGUGCACAGUCACCUGAGGUCUCAGUGUGCACAAUCACCCGAGGUCUCAGUGUGCACAAUCACCCGAGGUCUCAGUGUGCACAAUCACCCGAGGUCUCAGUGUGCACAAUCACCUGAGGUCUCAGUGUGCACAGUCACCUGAGGUCUCAGUGUGCACAGUCACCUGAGGUCUCAGUGUGCACAGUCACCCGUGGUCUCAGUGUGCACAAUCACCCAUGGUCUCAGUGUGCACAGUCACCUGAGGUCUCAGUGUGCACAGUCACCUGAGGUCUCAGUGUGCACAAUCACCCGAGGUCUCAGUGUGUCCCAUGAGGGCAGAGCUGGCUUCAUCUUCAUGGUCUAAAGCAAUCAUCAACACAGCAGGAACUACAACAUUCAUAGAACCUGAUCCAGGGGGUUGAAAUGAGUUGGGUGA